AUGAUGUCCCACACAGCAUCGAAUCUUCCCACAGAACACACGGAAAAGGCACCGACGUCGGCCAACGUCGGCACCACCACUGGCUACGUGCCCAAUUACAAUGAAGCCGACUACAGCGACUUCCUCUACCUAGCCCCGUCGCUGUCGACCGAGUUUUUGCCAUUGGAACCCGUCACCGACAAGGCUGCACGGCCCAUGGUGAAAAAGGCCAAAGUCAGGCCCUCGGAGACAUUUAACACGGGCACCACACCGCCCCCGUCCACGCCGGCUCUGGAGAAGCCCUACGCAAAGGCGACCUUUCCACCAGUUAUGGAUCAGUCGGCGACCUCGGCCGAGGCGAUGACCAAAGCCGCCGAACGGUGUGAGCGGAGACCUAGCUUCGUUGAAGUCAGCCCAGUCAAAGUUCACCACGAGCAUGAGAAGCACCCCCACCACCCAGACGUCCACAGACGGAGGUCCUCGCAAGAGUCAGAGCCCAUGAGCUGGUGGCCCGAGAACGAGACCAUCGCACAGCACGAGUGGGUCGAGCAGAAUGAGGAAGAGGACGUCAUUGAGGAGGACAUUUGGGCUGAUGAAUUCUACGAGUGA